AUGAGCCGGCUGCUGUGCUGUCUGCGCGCGCGUCACGACAUGGGCGCCGCGCUCUCGCACCCGCAGGAAGGGGAGGCGUGUGACGGUGGUGGGCCCGCCUCGCCGCCCACCAUGGCCGACGUGAUACGUGAAAGAAAGAAGAAAUCGGGCGGUGCAGGACUGGGCACUCUGAGACGGAGAAUAGCGGCUGCCGCACGCAGGCCCCGAGACUGUCGUCCUGAUCGUGGAUGCGAACAUGCGCGCUAUAUUCGGUCGGUCGUCAGCGGUUGGCGCGUGGCAGAGGUGUUUCUGCUAUGCGCCGAGUUAGAGGCGGGUGCGGCCCUUCGUGACUUGGUGACGCAGGCGGAGUUGGCACGCGAGCCAGCAGCAGCUUUGCACGCAGAUCUAGCAGUGCUGUUACGUGACAGAGUGGCCUGUGAUGUGGAAGUAUGCGGCGCGGGUUGGGCCCUACCAGCUCAUAGGCUUAUAUUAGCUGCACGGUGUACAUACUUCAGAGAUUUGAUGCAUCGGUAUCCCAAGUCGAGUCGUGUGCCAUUGGAGGGUGCUUGUGCAGGGCUACGCAGGGAAGAGGGUGAAGCCCUACUCUUGGCCUUGUACGCUGGGGCUGCUCCGCCGCCAACGCCGCCCUGUCCUGCGUGUCGCAAAUGGGAGCGCGGCAUGGGCUCUGAAGUGGACCUGGAUAUCAUCAGUGUUGAGAAUACGGCUACUUACCGUCGAUCCUGCUCAUGUCGCCGUGACGUGUCGUCCAUACGUCGUCUGUCAGCCAUACUUGGAUUUUCACUCGAUUCGCUUUAUAGAGAUAUCAAAUAUUUACUGGAUUCUGGCGAAUCAUGCGAUGCCCGUUUAUCAUGGCGGUGCGAAGGUGGAUCGGCGUACGGCUUCCGCAAUGCCCUGGAACUGCCAUGUCACACACUCCUUUUAGCUGCAAGGUCGCCGUUCUUCCGUAGUGUGAUGUGCCGUCGCGGGUCGACAGGCGCCGGCGCAGGUGGGACAGUAUGUGUCGAUGAGAAAGUUCUUCCAAGGAGGUUCGCACACGCCUUGUUGCACGCCGCUUAUACGGACCAGGUGGAUCUUAGCUUGAUAAGCCGCAACACAUCGUCGCCUUCAACGAGCGGCAACUCAACCGGGACAGCGUCGCGCAGUGGUCGAACUUCAACUACGUCACAGUUAGACGACGCUUUUCAGCUCUAUGAAAUUGCAAGGUUUUUGGAGAUGGCGAUCGUGUCCCAAGGGUGUGAAGACGCUAUACUGUUCGCGUUGUCGCCUGAGACUUUGCCCCACGUCCUCCGUUGGUGCGCGCAGCCCCACGCCAGUGCUUGGGUCCAUCGGCAAGCAAUGCGUUACCUUCGCGAUGAAUUCCCCACGAUAAUGUCCUGUGCCGCAUCCGCGCGGUUGCCAAGGGCGGCCCUAGCGGAAGCCUUGUCUUCGCAGUUCCUUCAGGCAAGCGAACCUCAAGCUUUGAGAGCGGCAUUGCGGUGGGCUGAACGGGCUGCAGAUACGAGAGAUGGGGGUUCGUGCGAGCCAAACGUAGUAUGGCACACAGCGCACUCGGUGUCGCGACGCGCGCGUGGCGGGCGACGGCGUGACGUAAGCGAGGCUGGUGUGAGGGACGCGCUCGCUUCCCUCGUCCCGCACUUGCGGACUGAGCAUUUGCCGUCUGACUGUGACCUCCUUCAACAGAUGAUCCGUCGUGGUCUGAUCCCUGCGCCAGCGCACUUGGAAAGUGGCGUCAACUCAGCCGACGCAUGGUUAGGCCGCGGGGCGUUUCGUUCACCUCGCUGUUUUCUUCCAUACCUCGAUGAGAUUAAGGCGCUAGUUAGCUCCCAAACAGCCCCAGCCGCGGAACUAGCGGCUGAACGUCGCGCGCGGAUGUUGCACAGAAUCCCCGACGCACUGUACAUGUUACGGGAUAUAGCUCCCGAGCCCCGUGCGAGCACCGAGCACGCGUGCAUCCCGCCACGGUUGUUGUCGCGGGCACGUGCACGUGUACGUGAAUUGCGUGCGACUCCGAACGCCGCGCGUGCGCUGGCUCUACACUCGGAUCAGAGGCCCGUGAAUAGGCAGAUAGCGUUGCGGGCGGUUCGGGAGAUGUCUCUGCCCGAUGGGUGUGCCGAGUUGUUAUUGGAUGGAGAGGAUAAUGACAGGGAGUCGACAGUCGCGAGUGGGGUCGAGGGCCGAAGCGAGUCUCGCGGCGCGACUUCAGCCGAAGUGGAGUGUUGCAGGUCAAGUACUCGAUGCGGAUCAGCCGGUAGUCUAAGAGCAGCGCCUUCAUUGCACUUGCCAACUGAGCCUCAUAGUACGGGCUCCUGUCGUCGCGAGCUACCCGCUAGGCCGCCUGACACACCACAUAGGUCCACCUUGGGUCGUUUAUCGGCAGCUGUUCCAGACGUGGCGAUGGCACCGAAUGGAAAUACUCACUUGCUGACGCCGCACUAUCUUUACACGAGACAUGCGCACGCGCCGAGGCCAGAAUACGGAGGAGGCGUGGGCAGUGCUGGCAGCGCGGGCAGUGUGGGCAGCGUGAGCAGUGUGGGCAGUGUAGGUGCCGGUCUCGUGCAACUCGAUUUAGGAGAUGGCGCUACGCACACGCCAAGACCAGGAUCUCGUGCGCAGCGAGCGGCCAUGUCGGCGAGGACGCAUAGAGAGCAUGCGCAGAGUUCCUCUUGUGGUCGUGGACGGACAACUGAUGACGACGAUCUGCGUGUUGCUAUAGAACUGUCCGUUAUCAGAGCGUACGGUUCUCUUCAGGCGAGCAGCCGUCGUGCGGAUUUGCUACCAAAUACUGAUUUUUCAGCACUCCGCAGUCGGGCUUCACCGGCCCUUUCGCUGGAGGGAGCUGUAUCAAGGAGCAUAGAGGGAGCGGCCGGGGGCAGCAUGCAGAGAGCUCGGAGCGCUAGGCAUUCGCCCCAUGCGAGGACACUGUCAGUUAGCGGCAUAAGCGGAGUGAGCGGUACGGAGCGAGUCAGUACAGAGAGGGAAUACGAUAGAGAGGGUGGUGUUUACAGUGGUGAAAGUAGCGUGAGUCGUGGUCGUUCACACAGCCCUGCUUAUCGCUCCUAG